CGAACCGCAUAAACCGAUUUUCACAAAAACGCAGGUGUAUUGGAGACCUGGAGGAGACAGAGACAUUGGGCCUCUUUGGUAGCUGUCCGUGAAACGACAGGACCGCUUUCUCGCCUAUUCUACGCCCGCUUUCACAAUCGCUCAAAAACCAAACCCACAAAUGCUAUUUUGCUUCUUACAUUCCACUAUACCCUAAUAACAUUCAGGUGAAAUGGCGAUGGCUACUGGUGGGCUAAAGAACAUUCUGGCCAAGGUAGUCACUGAAGGAGUGAACGAAGCAAGAGCAAGGAUAUUUGGGCACGUACUUAAUCCAACAGGCCAGAGAUCACCACACAAGCUGUUACGAAAGAAGCUUAUCGGUGACAAAGUUGCUGAAUGGUACCCACAUGACAUCGUGAAGGAUGAUCCUCUUGUGAUGGCUCGUCGAGAACAAGAGCGCUUAUCUAAGCUCGAAAUGUUGAAGCGUCGAGGAAAGGGAGCACCGAAGAAGGGUCAAGGAAAGCAAGCUGCCAAGCGUAAAAAGAAGUGAUAUCUUUUAGUGUUGAUUGAAUUGGAUGGAGUAAUCUUAUUGAAUAAGAAGGCUGUUAGUAGACUUUUUGUGAACGCUUAAAAGAAUUUUGGUGUUUCAGAUUUGAUUAUCUGACAUUCCUUUAUCCUUUCUAGUGGUCUUUGUAUGAUUUGUGCUAUGAAUCUUAGCUUUUUUAGGCUUUGUGUUAUAUGAAUUGCAGAUUUCCUAUGUGCUCUAGGAAUUUUUCUCAA